AUGAAAACACUCGCCAAUGCAUUCAGACUGGCGCUCUUACUUGUCAUAGCUUAUAUAUGUAGUUCAGGGCGAAUCGAAGCUUCCAAUGAGGCGGCAUACCAUCGCAUGUUUGCAGGUUCUUCUCCGACGUCUCUGAACCUUAUUAUUGCGCAUCCGGAUGAUGAAGUGAUGUUUUUCGCUCCAACCCUCCUUCAGCUUGAUGCUAGGCUUACCGGAAGCGUCACAGUUCGUGUAAUUUCGUUGACUAACGGUGGAGCAGAUGGUUUGGGAGAGGUUCGGACUCACGAACUGCAGGACGCGGUGCAGCUCUUGAUGCGCCGGAAUCAACCACUAGUUACUGUCCUGGGAUACCCUGACGGUAUGGAUCAAGUUUGGGAUGUUGAAGAGACGUCUCGAGCGGUGAAAGCGCUCAUGGUAGAUGAAAGCCCUAUCAUUCUCACAUUCGAUGAUCAGGGCAUCUCUAAUCAUAUCAACCAUAUCUCAUGUUUUAAGGCUGUCCAGCGGCUCAAGGCGAGCCUUCCUCAUAGCCGCUGCUAUCGUCUUGUGAGUAAAUCGUCUGUGCUGCAGAAAUACACCAGUUUCGUUCCAGCACUACUCCAUGUUUUCAAGCCAAAUGAACAUUUGGUCUUCGUUAGCAGUUUUCCGCAGUACUUAUUAUCUUUCGCCAGCAUGCUGAAUGCACAUGUCUCCCAGAUGGUCUGGUUUAGAUAUGGGUGGUGGUUUUUCAGCUACUAUGUCUUCGCCAAUGAAAUACAAGAGUUUUCAUAA